UAACUUUUAAGUUUGCGCUUAAUGGCGCUUUUCAGCUGUGGUCGGUCUACAGAUAUGUUCAAAAUGUACAUUUCCAAUCUGUAAACAGUAAGAAUGAAAGCAGGAAGUGCAUGGAUGAGCAGCUCACAGUCCCAUGUGAAACCCGUCCUACUCCUUACCACUGACUUGUCAUGACUCGCCUGAGGAAUAGUUGCUUAAUGUUAAUGUUUGACAAGGCGGAAGAAGGGCCUCAGUCAGUCAGACAACAGAACCACAACCUUUCAGUUCUCCUUUUGCUCAGCUGCUUGUUUGCUGCUUCGGGAAGGAAUUGCAGACUUCAGUUCUUAGGAGAACGAGGGACAACAUGGAGGUGCUGGUGCUGCUAGACUUUGAGGCCAACAUGGGUGACGAGCUCACACUGAGGACGGGAGACGUGAUCAAAAACGUCACCAAGGCCGAGGAAGGAUGGCUGCAGGGAGAGCUGCGGGGGAAGAGAGGCUUGUUCCCGGCAAACUUUGUCAAAGAAAUACCUGUGUAUUUGAUUGGUGACGGCAAGAGGGAACCACGAAGCAUCCGGAGAACAAAAAAAGGAGUGCAAUUGAGGAAAUGUGAGGUGGCCUUUCCAUACAGCCCUCAAAAUGAAGACGAGUUGGAGCUGGUGGUUGGUGAAAUUUUGGAGAUUAUUAGAGAGAUUGAAGAUGGAUGGUGGAUGGGCAUUAAAAAUGGCAAAAUGGGAGCAUUUCCAUCAAAUUUCGUCAAAGAAAUUUUUGUUUCUCCCAAAGACGGAAAGCAAAAUGAGAGCAAAGCCAGGCCUAAACUGUCUGAUGCCCUGUUCAGUAAGGAGAUAUCUCGACAAGCCAGUGUGAGAAACAAAGCAAAGAACCGUGUGGAAUAUUGCCAGGUCAUGUUUGACUACAAGGCCAGUGCGGUGGAUGAGUUGGAACUGAAGCAAGGGGACAUUGUAGCCAUCGUGACUAAGGAAACAGAAGAUGAAGGCUGGUGGAAGGGGGAGCUGAACGGCCGAUGCGGCUUCUUUCCUGACAACUUUGUCAUGCCUUUGCCAGAAUUGGAAACUCUGCAAUCUGGAACCAUGAGCAAACCACCUGCACGUGGCACCACUAUAAAAGUACCAGCAAAAAAGGAAGGAACAGCGAUGGAUAAAAAUGAUCAAGCAAAGGCGAAAGAUGAUAAACCAGAGCAGAAAGACUUGAGGACCAAUCCUCCAUCAAAAAUAAAGCUGCCAAUCAUGAAACCAGCUCCACCUCCUAUUAAAGAAAAACCCGCCAAGCUUCUACCAAAUGCCACCAACGGGGAUGCAGCUCCCAUCUCACCAAAACAACCAGAGAAGGACGCCGACCAGUUUGAUGGGCUGGAUGUGCAAACUGAAAAGCUUAGUCAUCCCACGGCUAAUAGAGCCAAACCUCCACAGAGGAGACCCCCGUCAGCCCUGAAUACAGCACAAACAGAGAAUGCAGCAGAGCAGACGGAUGCAGCAGAACCAUCAACGAAAAUGCUCCAAAGUGACAAACCGCUAGGCUUGCAAAAGGUGUCUGAAAACCUCCCAACGCUUCCUGCAAAGCCUGAGCUUCCAGCAAAAGUACCGCCUCCAGUUCUACCAGCUUUUCCGAAACCUGCUGUUGCCAGCAAAACUGUGAACCAUAAAGACGAAGGAGCUACCGUAGAAAGCCUGCAGGCAGAGAUCAAAGAGCUGAGGAUGGCAUUGGAGCUGCUGCAAACGCGACAAGAACAAGACAUGCAGGAAGUGAAAGAAGAACUGAGGGAGGAAAGGAAUAAGCGACUGGCUUUGCAGGAGGAAGUGAACAGUUUGAAGACAAAUCAGUAACUUCCAGAUGCUGAUGGAGCUUUGUUAGAAAUUGGGGACUCCUUUUGGACUGCAAAUAUUUUUUUUUUUUUUUUAUCGUUUAGUUUUUGUCCCCUACUGAGACCAAGUAAAGAAAGGGGUGAGAACACAUUUAAACUAAAAUAUACCUGUGAUGUGUAGACUGGAAACUGUUGUCGGGGAUAAGGAUAAGCUCACCUGGAAUGGACCAAAAA